UAAAAUUUUACGAAGUGGAAAGAAAGCAACAUGUCUAAUAACGACGACAGAAUUCAACCUAAUCGUAGUAAAGAUGAUACACAAGUUAUUAGUAUGAUGGAUUUCGGUAAAGAAAUAAAAAUGAUCAUGGAAAAUUUUAAAAAUUGUGUUAAAAUUGAAAUUAAACGUUCCGAUAUUAUAACUGAAAAUAUUAAAGAAGUUAAAAAACUUCAAGGAGUUUUUCGUGAAUUUGUUAAAGAAUCAUUGGAUUUGAACAAACAGUUAGAAGAUUAUUCACGUAAAAUUUUUUUUUUUACAGAAUGUUUUAAAGAUAUUAAUUAUUCUAAUGAAGAAAUUUCGAAAUUAUUGAAAAGUCAUUUAAAAGAUUCUAAAAAGAAUUAUGAAUUAGCCAAGAAAUUAAAAAAUAGGUUAGUUAAUGAUGAUGAAAAUGUUGGAAUUAUGAGCGAAUUAUCUAUAAUUAAAGAUUCUACAUAUAAUUUUACCGUCGAUUUUGAAAACGAGAUUGAAUCAGAUGGUAGAGAAAUAGUAAAAUAUGAAGGUGGUACAUUUUACAGGUACUGUGUUAUUGUGCUAUUAAAUUUAGCUAAGUUUUUAGAUGUAUUUACUGAAAAAAAACCUUGCAAAGAAUAUGUGGCGAAAUCGGAAGAAUGGUUAGACAAAAAUGACAAAAUUGAAGAAUUUGGAAUUCAAUUGAAUAAUAAGCGAAAAGAAGUGGAAAUGGUAAAGCUCUUUAGUAAAAAUUUAAGAUCAAUUAUUAUGGGAAUUGGCAGAAUUGAAACUUUUUGGGACUCGCAAAUCGGAAGUAUCGAACAUCUUAUUGAUAAUCUCAAAAGAUUGAAAAGCUCCAGUAGAGAGCGAAUUACUCAACGUCAAAUUGUCUACAAUAUUGAACAUAAAUGGAAAAAUGUAGAAAAAGAAUGCCAACUUUAUUAUUUUGCGAUGAAAAAAUUAUUGCACGAAAAUAGAUACGUUAAGGUAAUGAUAAUUCAUGGAAGAAAAAUCAUAAGAUUCUUGGUGAUUAAAUAUGAAGGUCAUUCAGAGGGAAUUAUUUAAUUAUUGAAUAUUUAGAAUUACUUUUAGUUUUUCAGUAUUAUUUAGGUUACAUAUUUUAUUGGCGUUAGCAAUCAGUUUAAUCUCAAAGUUUUUUUUAUAAUAAAUUUUAAAAUUAUCGUUAAGAAUAAUUCGAUUUGUAAGUAUUUUAUAUUUU